GAGUCUUCAUGCACUGAAUGAAAGAAUUCGAAUGCAGGUGAGAGGGUGCACGACCGGCUCGGGGCCCCAAGGCCCGUCUGCCGCGGGAGCUGAAUGCGUCGCCCUGUUAUACCGGGUGUCGUGGGCCCGCAACAGAUCACCGGCGUCCCCUCUGUACACGGGGAGAACAAGGCUGCUCUGUUUUAGAAGUGAACACGUAAAAGAGGCGUGAAACUCGACCCCACGGUCUUGUGGGCAGCGAAUGCUUUCAACUUUUAUUUCUUAUCGGUCAUUUUGGCCGAGGAAAAAAAAAAACGGCAAGGGAUCAAAAGAACAGAGAAUAUGCCUCGGUCGUUUCUGGUGAAAAGCAAGAAAGCGCACAGUUACCACGAGCCACGAACUUUAGAGGAUGAUUACAACCGAUUCGAUAUUGUUUUAACACAUAUGUGUGAAGACAGCAAGAUUCCAGAGGAUUCGGAGUCUUGUCCAGAUGCCAUGACAAUCGACACGUCAGGAGCCUUCUCACCGGAAUCUCACCUUGUAGACACGGCGGAAUUUUCCUCCAAAUCUCCUCUCAGCUGUGGGGGAAGCGUGUGUGAUCGCUCCUCAGAUUACGAGGACUGCUGGCGACCCCCGUCACCCUCAGCAUCCCCAGCAGACUCUGAAAAAUCAUUUUCACCGUCAGCUGAUGAAACGCAGCCGUUCGCCGUACCCUUUAGGACCUAUGCAUGGGGCAGCUAUUCUGGGUCUGAAAUCAGACAGCUGGUCGAGCAGAGAUUCAGCCAGCAUCCCGCGCUGGAUCUAGAGCGGAGUACCACGCUGAAUUAUUACAGUGAAAGAGUGGUUGAACCCCCCCUCCUCAACGAGAGGGGGCCUGGAUCAGGUAUUUAUGGCAAUUAUGACUCCUCUGCUAACCCGUUCGAGCGCGCCACCGGUCCUGGACUCUAUGUGGACAGAAACACUCACGGAAAUGGAGCGGACAUGAAGACAGACACGGCCAGGAUAUGCAGUCGUCUUAUCCUAAACGGCGCUUUCAAAUGCAUCAAAUGCAGCAAGGUGUUCUCUACACCACAUGGCCUGGAGGUCCAUGUUCGAAGGUCUCACAGUGGAACAAGACCCUUUGCUUGUGACAUUUGUGGGAAAACAUUUGGACACGCGGUUAGCUUGGAACAACACAGAUCUGUUCAUUCCCAGGAAAGAAGUUUUGAUUGUAAAAUAUGCGGGAAAAGUUUUAAACGGUCUUCCACCCUUUCCACGCAUCUCUUGAUCCACUCGGACACGCGACCCUACCCGUGCCAGUACUGCGGGAAAAGGUUCCACCAGAAAUCCGACAUGAAGAAGCAUACGUUUAUCCACACAGGAGAGAAGCCUCACAAGUGUCAGGUUUGUGGGAAAGCUUUCAGUCAGAGCUCAAAUCUGAUAACGCACAGCAGAAAACACACAGGAUUUAAACCGUUCGGUUGUGACCUGUGCGGGAAAGGAUUCCAGCGGAAGGUCGAUUUGAGAAGGCACAAGGAAACACAGCACGGACUGAAGUGAGCAAAGACAUGGCUUCUUGACUUGAACAAACACUGAGGGGCAGUCCGUCGGCCGUCUCACUUGCGUGGUGCGUAGGCUGACAACAGUGAAUACCCAGACAAAUGUGGUAGUUUAUGGUAAGGAGCGUUUCAGGUUUUCAUUUUCAGAAUGCUGUUUGUGCUUUGUGUAUACGAGUCAGCAGUAGCCUAGCAGGUCUGGCAGCAUUUAUCAAAGGUGAUGGCGUAUGCGAUCUCCCGAGUUCAGAACCCAAACCCAUACAGGGAUUGUGUCUGAACCCAAAAUAUUAUCACCAAAAUAAUCUGAGAGGGACAAUAACCGCCGCGAGAAAGGACACUGCUAUCACCCAAAAUAUCAGCUGAGGUGGAGAAAAUCACCGCACCUCAUAAGAAUGCCACUUUGUUUUUAACGCUGCAGAGGAGGUGCUGGCAAAACAAGCACUACAAAAACUGCGUGAUUUCAUAAAUACAAGACUUGUUUGUGUAUUAUAUAAACUUAACUGAUUUGGCGACUUGUCAAACAUUUUCCACUCGUUUAAGUAGCCUACCCAAUCAUAUUAUUUAAUCAAAUUUGCACAUGAGUAGGCUGUCUGUUAUCGAAAAACAUGGACCUUCUUCUCAAAUGCAGUAUAAGCCUGUUAAGGCUAUUUAAAUUUAUUCGUGUUAGAAUAGUUUUUUUUUUUAUCAGUAAUCAUUAUUUAUAUGUAAAGACAUUGUUUGAAUAAAAAAUAUUA